AUGACUUCCAACAAUCAGAACUCGCUAUCUCAAUCCACGCCACCUCCAACUACGGCUCCGGAAGCGCCUUUCAGUCUAUUCGAUAAGAAGCAAAAAGCUCUGAUCGUGCUUCUUGUUUCGACUGCUGCGACUUUUUCGGGUUUCGCUUCGAAUAUCUACUUCCCAGCCCUUUCCACCAUCGCAAACGAUCUCAAUGUCUCCGUUGAACUCGUCAACCUUACCGUUACGUCAUACCUUAUCUUCCAGGGUCUUGCACCAAGCCUCUGGGGCCCGAUUUCCGACGUAAGGGGUCGCCGAAUAGCAUACACCUGCACGUUCAUUGUCUUCUUCGGCGCAUGUAUCGGUCUAGCAGAAACGAAGAACUACGCCACCCUGAUUGUUCUCAGAUGUCUCCAGAGCACGGGCAGUGCGAGUACAAUCGCAAUUGGCUCCGGUGUCAUUGGCGAUAUUACUACUCGGGCUGAGCGCGGCGGCUACAUGGGAAUCUUUCAGGCUGGUCUUCUCGUGCCUGUUGCCGUAGGACCGGUCAUCGGAGGCGCAUUAGCAGGAUCCCUGGGAUGGAGAUCGGUUUUUUGGUUCCUUACCAUCUAUAGCGGAGUUUUCCUGGUUUUCCUUGUGAUUCUACUACCCGAAACGCUUCGAUCGAUCGUUGCGAAUGGCAGCCGAACACCGUCGAACCCGUUCACUAGAUAUCCGUUGACGGCGUACCAAAAACUAACCAGCGUCCAAUGGAAAAAUGAAGACGAAUCAUCUCAGCCCGCGCCUCGGAAGGAGAUCGACGUGAUUGGACCCCUCCGCAUUCUCAUUAGCAAGCAUGCAGCUCCUAUCAUUAUCUACCUCGCCAUCUAUUAUGCUGUUUGGCAAAUGAGUAUCACGGCCAUGUCCACUCUCUUCAAGGAUCGCUACGGACUCAGCGAGAUCCAGAUCGGUCUCACGUUUAUCGCCAAUGGUGUCGGGUCGAUGAUCGGAACGCUUGUGACAGGCAAAAUCCUCGACGCAGACUACCGCCGCGUCAAGCAGAGUUUUGAGUCAUCUCUGGGUGAUAUUGAGACCGAGACGGAGACUUUGGGCCCUGGAGUCGAUCGAGAAGAAGAUUUCCCGCUGGAGAAAGCCCGCCUUCGGCUUAUUCCGAUUUUCUCGUUCUUGCAGUGCAUCUCGAUCAUUCUCUUUGGCUGGACUAUCCAAUAUCCUGAUCGCGUCCAUAUUGCUGUGCCAAUCGUGUCGACUUUUAUCACCGGAUGGACCGCUGUUUCCACGCAGUCGCUUAUUAUGACCUACCUUGUCGACGUCUUUCCUGACAGGAGUGCGGCGGCGAGCGCCAGUCUGAACCUUGCGAGGUGUUUGUUUGCUGCCGGUGGUACAAGCUUCAUCAUGCCCAUGAUCAACAACAUUGGGGUUGGGGUAGCCUUUACGGUCUGCGUGGUUGUACAACUCGUGUCGCUGGUGGGUCCACUUAUUCAGUGGAGAUUCGCCGCAGGAUGGAGAAGACAGGCAAGACCCUAG